AUGGUUCCUCAGUACCUUUUGAACACCACGCUAGGAUCUGAGUAUGUGGCUAACCACAGAAACUCGAAAACAUCACCAUCGGCUAAUACAAUUAAUUUGAGCAUAACUAAUGAAAAUCCUCAACAUGUAUUCAGUGAAAAUGAAGCUUUGGAUAAGAUGAUUGAAAAGAAACUCAAGUACAAGCUUGCGGCGUUUGAUCUUCUUGGAGACACGCCUUUUAAACUGGAAAUGGACUCGUAUCGCCAUGAAAUUUCUCCGGAGUUAGCACACCAAGAAUAUCAGAUUGACAAGCAGCGGUUGGUUGAAUUAUACAGUGUGGUCAAGGACCAGUUGGCUGAAGAAGAUAAUGAAGAAACUAAAAAUGACAAUAAUGGCGAUGGGUCGUCGGAUGCGGCACCAAAAAGACCCCUGUUCAGUUCUGAUAGAAUUGGAGAAAUCUACAUGAGCCAGAGUGCAUUCCAUGUGAGUCACGAUGAUGAAGUGGAUUUGGGGAAACUUUCAUUAAAAUCCUUGCUUUUAGCUGCAAGACUUGAAAAAUUUAGACGAUUUUUCCCUGCUCAAUCUGAAGUCGAUGAAUUGAUUCCUAGUCGCUGGAUUCCACUCUGCUCAUCACAAGAUAUAGCCAAGUUAUCCGAAUCGUUUGGAUUGCUGGUGUCUGGUCCCGCUUCCAAUGUCAUUAACCUUACUACCAAGAACUAUGUUCCUACCGCACUAGCCGCACUGGACUCGACGAACCUGUAUUUCAACUUUAUUGGAAAUCGUUUAAUAGACUCCAGACUCGGUCUCUUCUAUUACGAAGUUCAGGUGACGCAAGAAUGCAAUAGCUCGUCCAACUUCAAACCUAUUAUUCCAAUAAUAGAUUCGGCCUCUUCACCCACCAUGUCAUUUUCCAUGGGGUACACAUGUGAGGCUCCCAUUUUGGAGUCUGAUAAAACCACUCGUAAUUCAAACGGGUUUGAAGGAGAGAGAAUUGAUAUAUCCGAAGUGCUUCAGAAACUUCGGGUCUUCAGUCCCCUGAAACAAAACUCUCUUUUAAGUGGCCUUAAUUGGAUGUCUUCCAUGAGACCAGGAGUUACUCAAGGAACAUUUGCAAUUAACUUUGAAGACAGAAGUUUCCACGAUUCAAGCAGUAACCCUCAGAACCCUCGGUCGUCUGUUCUUGCUAUGAAUCGCAGACUCUCGCCGUUGCAUCGCCAGCUUGCCGAGGAGAGCGAUGGAGGAAGGACGCAUUUGGAAAUGAUAUCGAGUGGUUUCACAAUCGAGGAUGGAAAGUCAUCUAAAGUCUACAAGACUGAUACAAUCGGAUGUGGUGUCAAUUUUAUCACCAAGACCGUUUUCAUCACUUUUAACGGCAUUCGAGUGAAAGAUUUUGAGGAAAGCCAAUUAUCCACAUACAAUCCACUCAAACAGGUGGAAAAGGUUGACUUGUACCCUAUUUUUGGGUUUUCGGUAGCUAACCUAAAAGAAACCCAGCCAGAGGGGGCUCCUACAUCUGUUUCAAUUACAACAAACUUUGGGCUGGCACCUUUCAAGUUUGAUAUAAACAAUUAUAGUCUGCAUCUCAAGCAGCAAAACGAACAAGUUUUGGAUCGUCUAUCUCAAGAGUUAAGGCUGAACGGGCAGGAUAAAUUAUCAUCAGGAUAUUUGUAUCUGGAACCUUAUGAUGACAAAUCGCUCAACACUAUCAUAAAAUCAUAUUUGGCUCAAGGUGCCUACUUGGAUACAUUAGCAGCAUUCGAAAACGAUAUUCGUGGUUCAGAUGAUAAAAAAUCAAAUUUGGCUCCUUGGAUAACUGACAAUGAGAAGGAAUUCAUCGAAAAAUCAAAAGCGCAGGCUCGUAAGAUUAUCAGAAACCUUUUAUUGGAAUCCCGAUUUGAUGAAGCACUAGAGGUAAUUUCUCUGCUUCUCGAGAUCUUCAGAGAAAGCAAAUUUGCAUCGUCAGCCCUUUUCUUUGAAAUCAGAUUCACGAAGUACAAGCAUCACAUAAAGUCGGUCCUCAAUAAGAAAUUGGAAUAUGGUGCUGACGAGUUCUCGUUCCAGAACCAUUCUCUGGUUGCCCUUAAGCAAGGAUGGGAGAACGUCCUAAAGUUUGGACAAUCAUUGCUCACAGAUCUCACCACAUCUGAUUUUAAACAAAGACAACAAGUCAUGAAAGCGUCAAACCUUCUAUUGUUGGAAAUCCACAAACCUUACGAAGCCAACGAUGACUAUAGAGAUAUGAUUGGAAAUUACACGGAAAAUUUGCGUCAAUUAGCUUGGAAAGUAAAUGACUAUCUAGUUCAGAGUUGUGUCGGUGAUGCCAAUGUUGAUCACAUAUCGAGAUUGGAAGCUUUAUGCCGUGAUGUACACACCCAAAUCCAUUCAUUGGCAACCAGCCUUGACGACAAGAGGUUCCAGAUGAUCAAUUUUGAAGACGACCUAAUCAACCUUUAG